AUGUACCGCAGCAAACGUGACGAAAAUGAAACCAAAGGUGAGUUCCAUGGAUCCGACCGCCAAGAUGUGUUCAUUCAACAAUGCGAGUGUCAUGCACAGGUAUCGAUUGCGUCACUACUACCAUUGCUAUCUGCAAUUGCGACGGUGGAGUCCCAACACACUCGUGGCUUCGGAAGUCUUUCUAAUCAAAUGCGUGCACCUCUGGGGAACGAAAAGUGCGAAGACUAUAGCGAUAUUUCCACGUGGAUGGAUGAGCACGUGAAGCUCCAUGCUCAGUGGAGCAACUUUAAGGCAGAACUGGAUACGCUUUUAAUCCCACUCAAUGUAACAACUUCUCUUAAGAAGUGCUGGUUCUAUGAAGAAACCACCUUGCAAUCAAUCAUUGAAAACGUCAACGCAAUCGAUCAAAGCAGUGGAAUCCAAAAAGAGCAGAUUAAGUACAGCGCAGAUAUGGAAACGGAUCUAGAAAAUAUUUUAUCCAAUAUCAACAAACCUGUGGUUAAAGGCUUUAAAAAUUGUUGUAAAAACUUGCGAGAUUCAAUCAAAAAUCUCAAAGAUGAUCUGAAGACAAGUGUGCAGGAUCUUUCAAGAAAAUUAAAUGAUUCAGAAAAUUCCAGGGAGAAAGAGGAGCUCCACAAUAAUCUUAAAGACUUUGAGGAUCAAAUAAAAGACCUUAAGGCACGGUUGCAUACGUUGCAAAAUAAAGUGGGUGAAUUUGAAGCAAACACCAAAUGUUGUGCAGAAAUAGAGAGACAAAUUCAGGAUUUAGACAUUAUACUAAAAACGAGAAAAAGCGAAGCAGAUGUCCAGAAUCAAGAGUUAUACAAUAAGAUAAAAGAGUUUAAGGAUAAGCAACGGACUCAAGAUGACCUAACAAGUGCCUUAAAAUUAACUAUAAGAGACCGUGGCGAAAAUAUUAAAAAUAUAAUUGACAAGUGCGAAAAACAUUGUGGAAAUGAAAAUCUUUCCGACGACACGCAAUUCGAAAAAGGAGAAUUACUUGAGUUGGAAAUGAAAAUCGAAAACUUAGAGAGGCUCGUCGAAAAACUUUCCAACAAGUUAAGCGAAUUGGACACUUUAGAACCAACAACUAAUUUAAAUGCAUCACUGCAUGCGUGCCUGAAAAAUGGCGAAAACCUAUCCAAAAUUCAAUAUGAACUCCAGGAAUUGAUAAAAACUCAAAGUUGUUCAAAGGCAUCGUCAGAUGCCCCCAAAACUGCAGUUCAAUGGCCUGCCAUAGGUAUGGUUAGAAGAAAUGCAAUAUGUAUCUCCGAUGAAAACCUUGAAUAUAACAUUAAAGAACUUCAAAAGGAAGUUCUUCCCCUGAGGGAAGAGCUGAACUAUUUUACGAAGUGCUGUCAGAAAAUUUAUGAACUUGGCGCGCAAGCCGAUCAUUUAAAAAACACUCAAUGGAAAAUGAACCAAACCUACAAUGAGCACAUUAAAUCUCACGAAAAUCAAUUUAAGCACAUUAAAGAGGGUCUGUACAAAGCACUCAUGAGAUUCAGUGACAUCAAUCAAUCAAAUAUUAAUGAAGGUCUUGAACAGCAGCUUAACAACCUCGACAAUAAGUUAAACAAAGUCAAUUUAAAUUUGGAAAUAAUAAAAGAAAGACAAGGUGAGAUUUCAAAGCUUAUAAAGAAUACUAAAUAUGCAGAAACUUUGCCAAAUGAGAUGGCAAUGCUUAGAAGCAAUUUCGACGAAUUUAAACAAAAAGUUGACACUCUGCUAAAGGAUAUUAAAGAAAAUAAGUUAAGGGAAUUAUUAGUUAAUAAAAAGGAUCGCGAGAAACAACUAGAUACACUUAACGUUAUCGUUCGCCAGGAUCUGGAUAAACUAAAACAAAAACUUCUCCAUUAUGACGAUUUAGAAAAGAGGAUCAAAGAAAAAAUAGUUCAACUGAAAACCCCAACGAAUCUAAUGCUUGGAUGCCAUAAAAAGUGCAAGGGGACCAGCAAAAUAAACGACCUUAUUGAUCAAAUUGAGGACGCGGAGAAGCUAGUUAAGGCAAAGGGAUCUUCUUGGUCGAAACUAAAGCCAAUUUCGAAAUCAAUCCCAAAAUCGAAACCGACUCAGAAACCAAAACCGAAACCGACUCGAAAAAAACGAACAUCAAAAUCUGAUGUUAAAAUUGGAGACCGGCGACACAGGUCCGUGUACCGCAGCAAACGUGACGAAAAUGAAACCAAAGGUGAGUUCCAUGGAUCCGACCGCCAAGAUGUGUUCAUUCAACAAUGCGAAUGUCAUGCACAGGUAUCGAUUGCGUCACUACUACCUUUGCUAUCUGCAAUUGCGACGGUGGAGUCCCAACACACUCGUGGCUACGGAAGUCUUUCUAAUCAAAUGCGUGCACCUCUGGGGAACGAAAAGUGCGGAGACUACAACGACAUUUCCACGUGGAUGGAUGGGCACGUGAAGCUUCAUGCUCAGUGGAGGAAGUUUAAGGCAGAACUGGAUACGCUUCUAAUCUUCCUCAAUGGAACAACUUCUCUAAAUAAGUGCUGCUUAUUUGAAGAAACCAACUUGAAAUUAGUAAUCGAAAAUAUCAACGCAAUCGAUCAAGACAGCGGAAACCAAGAAGGGCAGCUGAAAUACAGCGGAGAUCUGGGGACGGAUCUGGAAAAUAUUUUACUGAAGAUCAAGGAAGCCGUGGCUCAGGGCUUCAAAAGUUGUUGUGAUAACCUCCAAGAUGUAGUCAAAAAUCUCAAAGAUAAACUUGAAGAAAAAUUGCAGGAUCUGACAGGAAAUUCAAAUGAAGUGAACCCCAAAAUUUCCAGGGAGAAAGACGAGCUGCAGAAUAAACUAAAUGACCUUAAGGAUAAAAUAAAAGACCUUAAAGAACGCUUGGAAACUUUGGAAACAAGUGAAUUGCUAAAUGAAAGAACUCAAUCCUGCUUUGAAGCAGGGGGUUCUAGAACUUUUGCGAUUUAUAAUGAUAAGUCAAUAAGCAAUUCAAACUGUACUUUUGAUAAAAAAUUGCAAGAUCGCAUUAGAGAACUGGAACAAGAGGAGGAAAGUCUGCGUGAAGAGCUGAAGAAGCCUCCAAAGUGUUGCCAGAAAAUUGAUGAAUUAAGCCUGGAAACUAAUCAAUUACAAUCUAUGCUUAAAGAAAUGAACCGAUCCUAUAAUGAUACCCUUAAAGAAUACGAAAAUCAAUUUAAGGACAUAGAAGAGAGCACAAACGAAUCUGUCAAGAAGAUGGGCGACAUAAAUAAAACGAAAAAUAAUGAAAGUCUUCAGGAGAAAAUAAAGAACCUCACUAAAGAGCUAGACAAAGCUAAUAUUACCUUGGAAACUCUAAAAGACAAGCAAAGUGAUUUGUUUAAUAGCAAUAAUAGCUCCAACAAUGCAACAAACAUGCUUGUUGAGUUGGCGAGUCUGAAAAGGGAUUUCAAUGAGUUCCGAGAUAAUGUUGACAGGCAGUUAAAGGACAUCGAGGGCCAACAGCUUUUCAGCCUAUCAGCUGAUGCCAAAGACUCCUUGCAAUUACUGGAGAAUUUUAACAAUGAUAUAAGCAGGGAUAUGGAUAAAAUUAAAAAAAAUCUCCUCGACCGUGAUUCACUGGCUAAGCAAACUCAAGAUCAAAUAGCAGAACUAAAAAAUCAAGCUGAUAUUAUGCUUGAGUGCCAAAAAAGGUGUACGAAAAUAAACAAAAUGAAUGAUUUUAUAGAUCGAAUCGAGGACAUGGAGAAUCUUGUUAAAAACUUAUAA